AUGUCGGCACCCGAACAUCCUCAUCCAUCGCCUCCACCUCCGACCAACACCGCCAUCCCUCCCCAAGCAGCACCUACGAAUCCUCCUCCUGCAUCUCCCAUAGCACCUUCACCACCCGGACCUAAAGUGCCUAAUGUAUCUAAAGUGCCUAAUGUACCGAAAGAAUUGACUGGAUUCCGAUCGGCUCUAUCUCAUACGGGAAUCCCACACUCCGUCUUGACUUGGAAACCAAAACUGCCAAGUAGAAAUUGGAUCAUAUUCUGGACGAUAACAAGUUCCAUAACGGCGACUUAUUAUUAUGAUAGAAUGGAGUCCAAGAGGAUCAAAAAUGAAACCAUCAAAUUAGUCCAAGAUAAGAGCAAAGAAGUUUUACAAGGUGGAAGUCUAGGUAUACCUAGAAAAAUAACGGUUUAUGGCGCGAAAUGGGGUGGUGAUGAAGAUACAGAUAGAGCUUUAAGGUAUUUUAGAAAAUAUGUUAAACCAUACCUCGUAGCAGCAGCUAUAGAUUACUCACUCCCAACAGCGCCAUUACACGGAUCCAUCACUCGUCAAGUACACGCUUCGAUCCUAUCUCAACGUCGUCAGGCAUUGGGUCUUGAAGCUCCUCCACCCCAAUUAUCGUUGCCUGGCAUCUUAACUCCCGAAGAAGCGAAACAGAAAGAAUUGGAAGGUGGGAUCGUCCUGGUCGGAAGAGCAAGUUUCAAAGAAUAUAUGGAAGGUCUGAAAAGAGGUUGGAUGGGUGAUGUGAAUGAUUGGAAAUGGGAAGAUGAAAUUGAAAAAAAAUUAGAGAAUGAUGGUGUAUUCAAUGAGACCAUCGAUACUUCUUCAUCUGAUUCUACUUCCCUUGAUCAAAGUAUAGAACCUUCUUUCGCUCCAGAUCAAGUCGCCUCUUCAACUCCAAUUCAGCCAAUCAAGCCUGCAACUGGAUUAGGAUUUUUAUCUAGACCUUCACCCAUUCACCAAACACAAGUUCCACCAUCAUCUUCGUCAUCAUCAACAGCAUAUCAAAUCCCAAGUCAAUAUCAUACACCACCUAAUCCAUUACCACCUCAACCACCGAUAUUGUUCUUACCCUUUGUAAACCACAUUGGAUUCACACAAAUACCACAAAUGAUCAAAUCCUUCUUCACUGAGCGAUACAGAGUCAAACAAGGUUCGGAAGCAGCAUUGGCGAUAAUCGAUAAUCAUAUAAGACCGUUUGACGAAACGAAAGAUCUCGAAUUCGAUAAAGAAAAUGAAAUUUAUUAUAAUAAUGCAGCGAGGGAAUUGCAUACAAGAGUAGAUCAAGCCAAAAAAGAUUAUUAUGAAUCCCUUAAACCAAAAAUUGACUUGGCGAGACAAUAUGAAAAUGGUCAAAGGGAAUUGACGACCGAAGAAAACAAAUCAGGUAAAGUGAUCACUGUAAAUGAAUUGAAAGAAGAAAGGAAGAAGAAAGAACUAAGAUGGAUGGGUAAUCAAGAAGGUUGGGAUAUAGUCAAACCUGAGUCAGCCGUCUCUUGGGACCAAACUUGGUCUGGUUGGUUGAACGUUUUUCAAUUACCAAAGGGAAAUGAAAAAUGA